UAUAGAAAUUGCUAAUGAAUGGGAAUGGAAGGAGUCGAAUGACCCCGUGAGCAAAAGCGCUUGGCAAAAAUUACUCGCCAUUAUUGAGUCAACAAGCACCUUGCUGUGAAAGCAUAAAUCUCCAGCUUCAACUACUUCACUCUCUGUUCAUCUUCUUCUUGUUGAUUCUGGAAAUUUGGGAACUCGAAAUUAUUGUACUUGUUGUGAUGUGAAAAAAGAGAGACGGAGUAUGCAGGGCCACUCUGUGUUUUCACUUAAAGUUUCUUCCUUUUCCCCCUUUCCUUCAAACCCCACAUACUCUUCAUUGCCCUUUAAAGCUGCUAAAUUGAACUCAUGGGGGAAAAGGGUUCUUGAUUCUCGUGUUGUCAAUCCUUUUGAUUAUGCCCUCAACAAGCCUUUGCUUUAUUUCAAGGUACAUGCAACUGCUGCUGAAACUGAUCAACCAAAAUGGUGGGAAAAGAAUGCCUCAAAUAUGGUUGACAUUCAUUCAACUCAAGAAUUUUUAGAUGCUUUAAGUCAAGCUGGAGAUAAAUUAGUGAUUGUUGAAUUCUAUGGCACAUGGUGUGCCUCUUGUCGUGCAUUGUUCCCCAAGGUCUGCAUGAUUGCGGAAAAACAUCCAGAGAUUCUUUUCAUUAAGGUGAACUUUGAUGAGAACAAGUCUUUGUGCAAAAGCUUAAAUGUAAAAGUCCUUCCAUAUUUCCACUUCUAUAGAGGAGCUGACGGUCUGCUGGAUUCCUUUUCUUGCUCUCUCGCAAAGCUUCAGAAACUAAAGGAUGCCAUUGAAAAUUAUAACCCAGCUCAUGCAAAGGAAAGCUGAAAGGCACUGGUGAUUCUCAAUUUCCCUGAAGUUUUCUGCAGUCCAAAUCAUCUUUGAAAAAUUUGUUUGUACUAUAUUUUGUUUCAGAACCUUAUUGCAGAUUGCUAUGGGCUGUGUCCCACUCACAGUUUUUCUUCUAUAAUAUGCUGGAAAGCUGCACAUAGUUUUUUGUACAAAGCACUCAUUUUUUGCCUCUGCUGUGAUCUCUCUCAUGUGAUUAUAUGGUAAAAAUUUGAAACAAAUCACUAUCCUAUGUGUUUUAUAAAGAAGAAUGGAGUUUCAGAA